CAUUUUGCGAGAUGUCGAAGCGAACACGGUACGUUUAAAAGAGCACGGGCAGGAUGUACUGGUGUUGGAGAAGAUGAAUGCAACAUAUCAAACUGUCGGCGACCCGUACCGUGGCGCGGUUGCGGUUGCUGCAGGUGCUAUGGCGCUAGCUGUUACUGGCGAUUCAACUGCUGGCUUGAGAACGAGAUGUUGGUAGGU